GAGCUUGUGAGGUAACUUCGGCAACGCAAACCUGUUAACAUAAGAUAACAUAGCGUAACGUUAAUAGGUGGAAAAUAAUGAUAUAGGUGAACAGUUACCAUAACUCUUUCUUUAAUCAACUGGGUAACUUAGAAAAGAGAAUAAUUAAUGGCAAGCAUCGAACGCUGACGUAUGGUAACGACGCCUAGCUAUUAGCUAACGCUACAUGACUAACGUUUAUCCAUGAUAACAUAUAGCUAGCUGCGUAGCUUUGUUUGCUAACAGUAUGAUAGCGUACGACUGGCCAACUACUACAACGUUUGCAAGUUAAUAUUGGCUAAUUAUUCACGAGAAUGUCAAGUAUAGCCGGUGCAUAACCGUCCUAACUGAAUCCAUAGUUAGCUAAGAUAGUAAAAAUGUAUUAAGGGCAGCUCAUAGCAAAUGAAAUGGGAUCUAACUCGGAGUUACAACUCGUUUCUAGGUGUAUGGAUGCAAAUAAGAGCCGACUUUGCUGAGUGAAUUUAAUCAAGAAUGGACAAGGAACAGCACAACACUGUCGUCUUCAAUUUUUCGAAAAGAGAGCUGUUUACUACGAACAAUGGAUACAAAUCCAUGCAGAAAAGACUCAGAGCUCAAUGGAAAAUCCAAAGUAUGAAGGAAGAGCUGUCUUUAGAGAAGCUGAAGGGUGUCAAGUUAUGGAUAACUGCAGGCCCAAGGGAGAAGUUCACAGCAUCUGAGCUGGAGGUACUGAAGCACUACCUGGAUGGAGGAGGAAAUGUCCUGGUCAUGCUUGGUGAAGGAGGAGAAAUGAAAUAUGACACCAAUAUCAACUUUCUCCUGGAGGAGUUUGGAAUAAUGGUCAACAAUGAUGCUGUUGUGAGGAAUGUGUAUUACAAAUACUUCCAUCCUAAGGAGGCGCUUGUGUCCAAUGGUGUAUUGAACAGAGAAAUUAGUCGGGCUGCUGGCAAAGUGGUCACAGGAAUCAUUGAAGAUGAAAAUGUUGGAAAUAAUGCACAGGCUCUCACAUUUGUGUACCCAUAUGGUGCCACACUGAGUGUGAUGAAGCCUGCUGUGGCUGUUCUUUCAACUGGCUCAGUCUGCUUCCCCCUCAACAGGCCUGUCCUGGCCUUCCAUCAAGGAAAGGAGGCUGGCAAACUGGUGGUGGUGGGUUCCUGCCACAUGUUCAGUGACCAAUACAUAGACAAAGAGGAGAACAGUAAAAUCAUGGAUGUUGUGCUCCAGUGGCUCAUGACCGAUAAUAUUCAGCUGAAUCAGAUUGAUGCGGAAGACCCAGAGAUUACAGAUUACACCAUGUUGCCAGAUGCAGGGUGCUUGUCAGAACAGCUCAGAGUGUGUUUACAAGAGGGUGAUGAAAACCCCAAGGACUUCACCUCUCUCUUUGAUGUGUCUUUGUUCAAUUUGUCAACUGACACAUUACCCCAAGUCAUCAGUGCUUACGAGCAGCUUAAUGUCAAAGACGAGCCACUUCAGCUGAUCACACCACAGUUUGAGACACCUCUGCCUAAGCUUCAACCUGCUGUCUUUCCACCUAGCUUAAGUGAUUUACCUCCACCCAUGCUGGACCUGUUUGAUCUAGAUGAAACUUUCUCAUCUGAGAAAGUGCGCCUAGCACAGCUCACCAAUAAAUGUACGGAUGAUGAUCUUGAAUUCUACGUGCGGAAAUGUGGUGAAAUUCUGGGUGUGACUCCAAAGUUAGAUGAAGAUCAGAGGGAUGCCAAGCACAUCUUGGAACACAUUUUCUUCCAGGUUGUAGAGUUCAAGAAACUCAAUCAGGAGCAUGAUAUCAACCCAGAGACACGAUUCACUCCGUUGUGAUUAGAUUCAUUUAAAGGCAUGUUUAAGAUUUUCAACUCUGCCUUUUCCAAUAUACUAUACCAUGGCCAAGCAGAUGGUAGUAUAUUCUUUUGUAAAAAAGAAACUGUUAGUAGUUGUGGACUAAACAUGAUACUGUUGUGUUUAGAAAUUUUAUAUAAAAAGUUAUGAAUCUUUA